AUGGAUAUUGAAGUGAAGAAUAGUUAUACUUGGAUUAUGAAGGCGAUUCUUGAUCAAAGAACGAUUGUUAAAAAUCUGGAAAAUUGGAGAGAUAUUAUAGGAUGGCAGAAAUUCAACAUCUGUAAAGUUUACAAACUGUUUCAAGACUGCACUCAGAAACCUGGUUGGAGAAAUAUGGUGAUGGGCAAUAACGCACGUUCCCGGGCUAUUUUCAUUCUUUGGCUUGUGUGUCAAGAUAGAUUAGCCACAAAAGAUAGACUCCAUAUAUUCGAAAUGAUAGGGGAUACUGACUGUUGUUUUUGUUCCGACGAGGAAUCAACCAACCACCUAUUUUUUAAAUGUCAUGUCACAAGAAAGAUUUGGAGUGAGAUUUUGGAUUGGAUACAUUUUUGUCGAAAUCCGGAGGAUUGGCAUGAGGAUAUCAAAUGGCUAACUUAUCAUACCAAAGGUAAGGGCGCAAAGGUUGCGGUUCUCAAAAUGGCGGUAACCGAGACUGUGUAUGAACUUUGGAAUCUCAGGAAUAAUAAAGUUUUUUUUGCAAGGAGGCAGAUGCCACGCAUAUAG